AUGAUAUGGUUAAGGCCUAAUUUAUCCUCACUCGUGAAGGCCCCUACAAUUGGUGACCCCGACGUGAUUCAAGACCUUUUGGUUUUGGAAGAAAAAGUGAAAAACUGUUCCGAAAAAAUGUGCACAAGAUGCCCCUCACACGGUCCUCCGGCGCGACUCGAUGGAGACGCCAUAAGGGCGGACGAGUCGGUUGAAGCAACCCUUCCGACGCUUGCGGCCGGGACUGAUGCGGCUAUAUAUUCGGCGACUUUAAAAAAACUACCGCCGUUUUGGAAAGAAAACCCGAUACUAUGGUUUGCACAAGUGGAAGCGGCUUUUGAUCUGGCGAGAAUUUCGAGUGACGAUACAAAAUAUCGUCACGUAAUCACACAUUUGGAUCAGACGGUUUUACCCUUCGUGGCGGAUAUCCUCACCGACCCACCGGCGAGAGGGAAGUAUGAGGCGAUAAAAAACAAAAUUAUCGGCGCUUUUGACGAGUCGCCGGAAUCAAAAUUGCGACGUGUUCUCCGUGGUCGUGGAAUGGGGGACGAGAAGCCGUCUCAUUACCUCCAAAAAAUCAGGAACCUCGCUAGUGGUCAGAUCAAUGAGAAUGUGCUGCGAUCUUUGUUUUUGGAGCAGCUGCCGGACAAUAUACGUAGCAUCCUGGUUAUUACCGAGACACAGGAUUUGGGUAAGCUGACUUUGCAGGCUGAUAAGAUCGCCGAAAUGCAAGCGGUAAACGUGGCGGCGGUGUCGUUCACAUCAACGGCGUCUUCACCGCCCGACAAGAUGGCGGCGCUGCAGGAACAAAUCGGGGCAUUGACCAAGAUGGUGGAAACGCUGACGACACGAGUCAGCCGAGUGGAUCAGCGACCAUGGCGGCAAUGGCGGAGAAGGCGUAGCAACUCGAGGGAACCCAGGUCACCUCACCGAUCGAGGUCGAACGAUGGCCUAUGUUUUUACCAUCGACGGUUCGCGGACAGGGCGAACCGGUGCAUUAUCCCAUGCAGUUGGACAGGACCACCACCACACGGACCUUCGGGCAAUAGGAGCCCUGCACAGCUGCCGGAAAACUAA